AUGCAAGGCACAAUAUCUCAGGAAAAACUCCAAUUGAUGCAAAAAAAUUUUAACCUUGUGGAUAACAACAAGGAUGGGAAAAUUACCCCGCAGGAAUUUAAGACGCUCUUGCGAUUGCUCGGGCAAACCAGAACGGAGAAGGACAUGGACGAGAUCGUGGAAAAACAUUUUGAAGACGCAACAGGGGAGGAACAGCAGCAGCCAGAAGCGGCCGAGGCCACCGAUAAGGGAGAGGCAGACAAAGGGACGCCAAGUGUAGCGAAACAACCGAGCGGCCAGAAAAACACAGCAAAAGCUACCCCAAGCCACGAUCGAAUAAAAAACCUAAUCGCAAAGCUUAACCAUUUCAAAGAUGAAGACAAAAAAAAAAAUAACCCAAAUGCUCAAAAUAAAGGAAUAUGUGAUGUAUAUGCACAGAACGAAUUAAUGAAUACAAAAAAAAAACCCAUAAACUUUGAAACCUUCUUGAGGAUAUUUCUUGAGGUUUAUGAAGAACCCUUAUCGGUAGACGAGCUAAUCACCUCGUUUGAAUUUUUCGACAAAGAAAAAAGUGGCUAUCUUGAUGAGGAGAAGAUGAGAUUUAUUUUGAAGAACAGCGAUGAAAGGUUGGUGGAGGAGGACAUGAAAUUGUUUUUCAAAUCGCUAAACUUGAGGGAUAAAGACAAAAUUGAUUAUGUCAUGCUGGCCAAGCGCCUCAAGAAUGUGACUUAA